UAUGGCGUCAUCUGAAAUGGAGCCAUUUAUAGUUGGCGGUGACUACACGGACAUCAAGCAAUACCCUCAUUCAGUGCUUAUGAUUGUGGACUGUAAAGAUCCAUUCCUUUGCGGUGGAUCAAUCCUUAACAGCCAUAUAGUUUUAACAGCAGGGCAUUGUUUAUUCCCAUGCGUAAAGGACCGUGAUUUCUCUAUUCUCCUAAAAUAUGGACAUCAAACAUCAAAAUACAUGGCGUCAACAAUGGUAUCUAAAUUUGUAACACACAGUCGAUACGAUGAUGAAUCUUUAGUUAAUGAUAUAGGGAUGGUUUAUGCUGAACAUGCCAUCGUAUUCAAUAAUAACGUGCAACGAAUCGCGAUUGCAAGUAGAUAUAUUCGUCAACCAAGAUACGCAUAUGUGGCUGGUUGGGGAAUUGUAAACUCUAAAGGUGAAACUGCAACAAGUUUAAAACACGUGAAACAGACGUUUCCAUAUGACCAAGAAUGUCGUAAACUUGGACAGUCAUCGCCGGAAAUAAUUUGCACUGGCGGCUACCUUGUACCGGAGUAUCCAGAUCAGGGUGAUUCUGGUAGCGCUCUUGUUAUUUAUGGCUACAUCCAGAUUGGGAUUGUUUCCUUCAAACAUCCGGAGUACGGACUCGUCGGGUACACCAACACAUCUCACUACUAUGAUUGGAUCGUUAGCACAAGCAAGAAAAUUCAUUGCAAUUAAUGUUAAAUAGUGAAAUAUUUGAGAUUCGAUGUAGAUGGGAUGAGAAACUAAAAAAAAUUGUAAAUCAUGAUCAUCAAUAGCUUA